AUGGGACCAUGUGUAGAAGUUCAAGCAGGCAAAGAAUCGUAUCAAAAACGACCCAUUACUGAGGCGGAUGAUGACUGCUGCUUAAAGGUGGAUCUCUUACGAUCGUGGUCGAAGAGCAAGGAGCUGGCACAAACAGUAUCCAAGCCACGAUUGACGGCUAAGAACUUUAUAUUUCAACAAUUGGACUGUCUGAAGGAAGCAAUCGCGCCGAAGAGAAAAGCCUUGGGCAGCUUUGGGAAUUUUGUUUUACCAGAACAACGGGGGACUAAAUACGUUAAUAGUGACCCGCCAAAAGCUCCGGGAACUUGGAUGGGUGGUUCUUAAGUAUCCACCAAAUAGUCCGGACCUCGCACCAAGUGAUUACCAUCUGCUCCUGCUUAAUGCUGUGAAGAAUUAUCCUCUAGAAAAUCCUGUUAAAAUCGAUUGCGGCAAUUUUUUGCCAAGGGUUUCUUUGAGAGGAGCAUAGCGUUACUUAC